UUUGUAAGRACUCCAGAGAUUGAUGUCAUAUGUUCAUUCCCUCAGGCAGAAGGAGAACCAGCAGCAGAACAGCGAGUUUGUCACCGAGGAGCAACCCAGAGCGAUGUCCCUGGCUGGGGUGAGCUGCCUGGUGACAGGAGCAGGAGGAUUYCUUGGCCAGAGGAUUGUCAGCUUGCUCCUGGAAGAAGAGGAGGCUCUGGCUGAGAUCCGAGUGCUGGACAAAGCCUUCAGUGAUGAAGCACUCAGGAGAUUUGAGAAGUUCAAGGGAAAGACUGAGGUGCAAAUCCUGGAAGGGGACAUCCGAGAUGUGACGUUCCUGCACCGUGCCUGCCAGGGCGUGUCCCUGGUCAUCCACACGGCUUCCCUCAUCGACACCCUGGGAAUCCACACGGCUUCCCUCAUCGACACCCUGGGGCUCAUCGAAAAGAAACUGCUGUGGGAUGUCAAUGUGACAGGUACCCAGCUGCUGCUGGAGGCGUGUGUCCGCUGCAACGUCCAGCACUUCAUUUACACCAGCACCAUAGAGGUGACGGGCCCAAACUGCAGAGGUGACCCCAUUUUCAACGGUGAUGAGGACACAGCUUAUGAGAGCACCUCCAAAUUUCCUUAUGCUCAAAGCAAGAGACUGGCAGAGGAAUCGGUGCUGAAGGCUGAUGGCCARGUGCUGAAGGAUGGUGGCACGCUGAUGACUUGUGCCCUGAGGUCCAUGUACAUUUUUGGGGAGGGGUGCCCGUUCCUCCAGGGCCACCUGGAUAAAUGUCUGCUGAACCAGAACGUUUUCCUGCGUUUCUCCAGGAAGGAGGCUCUGGUGAACCCCGUGUACGUGGGGAACAUCGCCUGGGCGCACGUGCAGGCGGCCAAAGCCCUCAGAGCACCCCAAAAAGCCAAACACAUCCGGGGGAAUUUCUACUACAUCUCAGAUGACACCCCUCACAUGAGCUAUGCUGAUCUCAACUACGAGCUGACCAAGGAGCUGGGAUUUGGGAUCGAGCAGCAGCUCCCCAUGCCCCUGACAGUGCUCUACUAUUUCUCUCUGCUGCUGGAGAUGGUCAGCUUCUUGCUGAGACCCUUUGUCAGGUACAUCCCCUCCACCAACCGGCACCUGGUCAGGCUGCUCAACACCCCCUUCAGCUUUUCUUACAGGAAAGCACAGCAGGAUUUUGGAUACGUGCCCCGCUACACGUGGGAGGAGGCCAAGCAGGGCACCAGUGAGUGGAUUGCCUCUGUCAUCCCCCAGAGAAGGCUGUGCUUGCAAAGCAGCAAUKCCUGAGCCUCAAGAGGAGCUGAGACCCUAAAAAAGGCCUUGAGCCAGGGGAGACCUACAGCAGCAGAUCACUGCAAAGCAUCUCAAUGAAUACUUUAACAGCCCCCACACCAACCUCAGAAUAAAUAAAAUGAAAUGUGCAUUUGUUUGUUGAGGGUAACGGUGC